AAAUGGUGAAUCUCGAUGUUCAAGUCGAGGUCUAUUCGAGGCUUGAGACGAGACUUCCUUGGGGAUAUCCCACUGAGGUACAAAGAAGGGGAGGAGGCCAGGAGGGGGAGUAACGAGAAGAGGACGGUGAAGCAUGGAGAGGGAGGGGAAGCUCUGGGAGUGGAUGGGGAAUUCAGAGGCUGGAUUGCUGCAGGUAAAAGAACACGGAGACACCCAGUCAGGCUGUUACUUCUCGCCUCACCUCCACAUACUGCGGUCAUAUCCACACCACGCUGCACUCCGCCAUCGACUGACCCACCUACCUGCCUUCCAGGCCUUCACAUCAUUCAACUGACACACAAGACAAACACCAUGAGGCUGUUGCUGCUGCCGCUGCUGGGGCUUGUGUUGGGUGGUGAGAGUCUCGAGACCUUGCGUGGGGCCUCUCCGUCACAUCGAAUAUUUUACAUCUUGCCAAGCCCGUCGUACUUCAACCGGGUAAGGGCAGCACAGCGGAUCAUUAUGAUGGAGAGUGAUGAGCGUAACAUGCGACCUCUUGGAUUGGGAGGCCGAAGACCGACAAUGGUCAACACACACCCCACGAGUCUUGCUCCGAGUAGAGCCCCAACUACUGCACCCUAUUUGCCAACACAUGACCAAACCAACAGCCCUUCGCAACAUGGUCAAAGAUUGUUACCCUCCAACCCAACCCAUAGUCCAAGCCCCUCAGUCCCUAACCAAGGCCACAGUUUCUCAGGCUUUGGUGGAGGUCACGAGCAGCCAUCUUUAAGCGAUAAUGUUUUUUUCUCAGACUCCAAACCCGCUGUCUCUGAUCAACAAGACAAACAUACAGGUUUUGUCAAAGGCUUUAAAACACCAAGCUUUAGUCCCAGCCACUUCUCCAUCUCUGAAGACCACAAACCCCCCUCUGAAAGCAGCAAACCUUCAAGGUCUGACGAGGACCUCAAAUCUUCAAGCUUUGAUGAGGCCAAGAUAACUCGGCUGUUUGACACACUUGCUCCUCAUCCUGACCGGAAUCCUGUGUGUAAUGUACUGCCAAACCCAGGGACAUGCAGAGCCGCCCUUCCAAGAUACUACCUGGACCCCGAGACCGGCACGUGUAACUGUUAUUUGUAUGGCGGCUGCACGGAGGACGGUGCCGGGGAAAGCCCAGGCAGCUUUUUCACGCUGGAGGAGUGUCAGAGAGUGUGUCGUCCCCCGAACAUGGCUGAGGGACCCGUUUGCAAGGAUAUUUUCAAGGAGGACGAUUUCGUGUCAUUCCUCGUCGAGCCACUGCCGCCCAAGAAUACGAAGACUGACCACUUGAGCAAUAAAGAGUUGUUGGCGUCAUUUUAUAAAUAAAGACAACUGUGGAAGAGGUGGUAGCGUCGAGACUGUAUAGGGUGAUUCAGCCCCGCGGCAAGGUGAUGCUGAAGCACAGCUGAAGGGUGUGCACUACCAAGUGACGGCAACGAUGCCACAAGCAGAUCCUUGGAAAAAGCGAGCGUGAACAUGAGUGGCGCCUAUCGUGACCUUGUGGCAGCAUCCCAGGCUCCAGAACAGUGAGUCACGAGUGACUGAUUCCUUGCUAUAUUUAUACUACUUUCGUAUCGAUACAUCCCUUGUGCAUACCACGGGCCUGCUUGCAUAAUGUAUUGGCCUACCGAGAUUUAUUUUUGCGGUGUGAGCAGUUCAAGGUGAAUAAAGUGCUGCUCAACACUAUCACGGCAGCCUCAUUUUUAUGUUUCUCCUGUGUAUGAUAUCCUCUGGUGCGUUUUGGUGCUGCUAUGAAGGGAAGAACUGUUAUGAUUUUGUAGAGGUGAUUACAAACGUGUCCAAUAUCGUCUCAAAGAUGUUCGGUUAUUGAAAUACUGGUAGCUAUACUAAUACAGUGAAGCACGGGGCGUAGUGGACACAGAACCAACACAGGCUGUGCUUCUGCAAUGGGAAGGCAUGACAAAACUUCGGUAGAUAAGGCGUCUAUUAAAGUCUAACAAACAUAGAAUUGUA